AUGGGCCGCGAGAACAAACUGCGUAGCACAGGCCAGAAAACGGACACGUUCUGUGUUCUGGCGAUGGUCUCGCGGCUGAUGCGUAAGCAGGUCGAGAAUGUUUGGUAA